AUGCUUCUUUUUACUUUCGCUGCGUUCCUCUGCGCCUUCGCGGCUGCCAUUGCCAAUUCUUACGCCCGCUCCGCACUCGAAGCCGAUACUUUGACAACAAGGGACCCUUCGUCUUUGCGAGCAGAUUUGGGUCAUAGCAUCUACCAAGGCUACCACAAUGCGACAUCCAAACUGGACGUCUUUAAAGGGAUCCGCUUCGCUGAACCGCCUCUGGGUCGACUACGCUGGCAACCUCCCAAACCUCCUUCAACGAAUCGCAACAAGACCGUCGACGCACAAGAGUACUCCUUGAUCUGUCCACAGAACAAUGUUGGGAUGGGUCCGGCCACUCGUCCCACGAAUGACACUGGCACGAGUGAAGACUGCUUGUUUUUGAAUGUCUGGGCACCGCGAAGUCAUGGAGGCGCGAAGCUACCUGUAAUGGUAUGGAUACAUGGUGGGGCUUAUGGCUUCGGAAACGGCCGAUACGACUUCAGCGACCUGAUCAACACGAACAAUAACUCCUUCGUCGGAGUUUCAAUCCAAUACCGACUCGGAGCCUUCGGCUUCCUCUCCUCCGACGAAGUCCACCGCAAAGGCGUCCCCAACGCCGGCCUCCUCGACCAACACCUCGCCCUCGAAUGGGUCCAGCAAUACAUCCACCUCUUCAACGGCGACAAGAACCGCGUAACCCUCGCAGGAGAAAGCGCCGGCGCCGGCAGCGUCAUGCUGCACGCCAUGGCGUACGGCGGGACUCGCGCGGGAAGAGAACUCUUCAGAAACGUCUUCGGAGCCUCGCCCUACCUCCCUCCGCAGUAUGGGUAUAAAGAUUGGAUUCCCUCGCAGUCGUAUUAUGCGUUUGCGAGUGCGGCGGGGUGUGAUGCGAGGGAUCCGUAUCUGCAUGAGGGGGCGCUGCCGAUUUUUGAGUGUCUUCAGGGGAAGGACUCCAGGACGCUCAUUAAUGCUAGUAUGACCGUGUCAGCGGCUGGACUGUACGGGGCUCUGGCAUUUGCACCUGCGACGGAUGGCACGUUCGUCCAGCAGCGUCCUAGUGUGCAGCUGGCGGAAGGGAAGGUUAAUGGUGUGAAUGGCCUCUUCGGCAACAAUGCGAAUGAAGGCUUCUUGUUGGUGCCGCAGACGAUCAAGACGGAGAAGGCGCUCGUUGAGUGGCUGAAAAUUACUUUUCCGCUGUUCUCGGACGCUGAUAUCAAGGCUGUGCUGGAUACAUAUCCCUCGACUGACGCACCGGAUAAUCCUGAGGCUCCUCUGUUUGCCACAAAUGGAAUUUCUGGUCCUACGGCUGUUAACCAGAGCUCGCUAGGGACGGGGCAGCAACAGCGUGCGACCCUCAUCUAUGGGGAAGCCACGUUUGGUCACGGCUACAAAUACCAAUUCUCCGUCCCGCCCUCCAUCCACUCCGCCGACCUCCCUGCCUACUUCCCCACCGUGCCCAGCAUGACAGCCCACCCAUUCCCCUCAGACUUCUCCACGGCAUUCCAAACCCUCAUUGGCAACUUCGUCGUCAACUCGAAUCCUUUGAUCAGCAGCCUUGUCGCGAACGGGGUUUCAACGGGAAAUAUGUCGAGGAGCGUGGUGAGUGACUGGCCGGUUUUCGAUGGGGAGAGAGGUUCGUUGCAGGUUGAUUUGAAUACGACUUGUACAGGGUACGUCGCUGGGGAUUUAAAAAAGAGGGAGUUCCCUUAUUGCGCUGGUGAGGAUAAUCAGUUCAGUGUCGUGGAUGCCGAUACUUGGGAGGGAGGCCGGGGGAGGAGGUGUGAGUUUUGGAGGGACAUGGGGAGAUUGGUUCCCGAGUAG